AUUGGCCUACGCAAUCUCAACCUCUAUAAAUAAUCACCACACCCUCUCUCCUCAUUCCCACAACCAAAAUCUUCUCACAUUUCUUCUCCUUCACAUCACACAUAAGCUCACGAGAUCAUCUCAAAUCCUUACAUACUUUCUGCAAAACAUCACGGAAUCAAGAAUUAUGGCGGAGAAAAUCGUCAAGCACCAAGAAGAAUACACUCUUGAUGGAUCCGUCGACCGCCGCGGAAGGCCGGCGAUCCGAUCAAAAUAUGGAUCAUGGAAUGCCGGAAUCUUGUUACUAGUGAAUCAAGGGCUAGCUACACUAGCUUUUUUUGGUGUGGGAGUGAAUCUAGUGUUGUUCUUGACUAGAGUGAUGGAUCAAGACAACGCCAGCGCAGCAAACAACGUUAGCAAAUGGACUGGCACUGUCUACCUCUUCUCUCUCCUAGGAGCCUUCCUCAGUGAUUCCUAUUGGGGCCGCUACAAAACUUGUGCCAUUUUCCAAGUCAUUUUCGUUAUCGGAUUGGCGUCGCUGUCACUAUCAUCAUACUUAUUCCUACUAAAGCCGACCGGGUGCGGGGACGAAAAGACGCCGUGUGGGCCCCAGUCGACGCUCCACGUGUCUCUGUUCUACGUGUCGAUAUAUCUGAUCGCGCUGGGGAACGGAGGGUACCAGCCCACGAUCGCGACGUUCGGAUCGGACCAGUUCGACGAGGAGCAUCCCGUGGAGAGCCGCUCCAAGGUGGCCUUCUUUAGCUACUUCUACUUGGCCUUGAAUCUUGGGAGUCUCUUCUCCAACACCUUUUUGGGGUACUAUGAGGAUAAGGGAAUUUGGGCACUUGGAUUUUGGGCCUCUACUGGCUCUGCCACACUUGCUCUUAUUUUGUUCCUUUUGGGAACACCCAUCUAUAGGCACUUCACACCCAAAGGCAACCCCUUUGCAAGAUUUUGCCAGGUCUUGAUCGCUGCCUCUAGAAAAUCGAUGGUCUCUCUCCCGUCCAACCACGAUCACUUGUACGAGGUACGUGGGACCGAUCUCGCUGACAACGGAGCCCGAAAAAUCCUCCACACCGAUGGAUUUACAUUCUUGGACAGAGCAGCGGUGGUGACAGAGAGGGAUGAAACGAAGGAGGCGAAAUCCGACAGCGAGAGCAGCAGCCGGAACCUGUGGCGGCUGUGCUCGGUGACGCAAGUCGAAGAAGUGAAAUGCAUACUCCGCCUCCUCCCAAUUUGGCUCUGCACAAUCCUCUACUCCGUCGUCUUCACCCAAAUGACCUCCCUCUUCGUAGAACAGGGCGCCGCCAUGAAAACCACCGUGGCCGGCUUCCACAUCCCCCCAGCCAGCAUGUCCAGCUUCGACAUCCUCAGCGUGGCCUCCUUCAUCUUCAUCUACCGCCGCGCCAUCGACCCGGCCGUCGCCCGCCUCCGCAAAUCUGGCCCCUUAACCGAGCUCGAGCGCAUGGGCGUCGGCCUCCUCAUCGCCGUCGCCGCCAUGCUCUCGGCCGGCGGCGUCGAGCGCCUCCGCCUCCGCCACGCGCGGGCGGAGUGCCCGACCUGCCCGGGGUCGAGCGACCUCAGCAUAUUCUGGCAGGUGCCGCAGUACGUGCUGAUCGGGGCGUCCGAGGUGUUCAUGUACGUCGGGCAGCUCGAGUUCUUCAACGCGCAGGCGCCCGACGGGCUCAAGAGCUUCGGGAGCGCGCUCAGCAUGACGUCGAUCUCGCUUGGGAACUACGUCAGCAGUCUGAUUGUGACGAUCGUGAUGAAGGUGUCGACGGCGGACGACAUGCCCGGGUGGAUACCGAAGAAUCUGAACGAUGGGAGGUUGGAUAUGUUUUAUUACCUGCUGGCGGCGCUGACGGCGGCGGAUUUUGUGGUGUAUGUGGUGUGUGCGAGGUGGUAUAAGUAUACGAGGUUUGAGGAGAGGAGUGGGAGAGGGAGUGAUGAGCAUUUGUUGAUUUGAGCAUGUGUGUGUAUGUGUAAACUGUGUUGUAUUUAUGUUUUGAAUAAGGUGAUGGUGAGGGAGAGGAGAGUAAAUGUGUUUUUUUGUUUUUUGUUUAGGGAGGAAGGAUUGCGAGGAUACUAGACUAGUGUUUGCACUUGUCUAAGUUGAGCAUUGGACUACUAAUGUAACUUCUUCCAUCUUAUAGUAUUAUCAUUUAAUUAAUUUCAACUCAAUGUUUAUUA